UUUGCUCUUUUUCUUCUUCUUUCCCGUCCCCUACAGCUCCCGGAAGCCCCCCAAGGUGCCGGCAACAAUUUUCUUGAGAAAACCGGCAGAAAGCUUGAUUUUAUCCUUCUUUUUUUGUUCAAGAACCAGAUUUAAAGCUUGGAAAUCUUCCCCCCUCUGCAGAAUUUUCGGAUCUGCCCUGAUCUACUCAGUGUCUCUUCCUCCCCUGUCCGUCGGUUUCUGCUGGGUGUGAAUCCUUCGGCUUUUUCUGAUCCGUGAGUUUCCUCUGCAGAUUCCGUCGGCCUUCCCCUAAACUUGCCAGCUCCAGUUUGCUUGCUGGAAUUCUGGUUCUUGAGUGUUUUGUCACCUGAGUACUUGGCUUGAGUUCUGGAUUUGAGGAAGUGAAAUCGAGAACGAGGAAACCACGGAAAGUGAUGAGUUAGAAGGCUAGCCAUUUCGAGAUUGAUAUAGAUUUUAGAAAUAAAUCAUGCUUUUGUAAGAUAGAUUUUACCUUGAAUUUAUGAGAUCAAAAUAGAUUUCGGUCAUUAGAUCAAUUACUUGGAUUUAAGUCAUUUUGGAUAUAGAAAUAAAUUGAGAUGUUUGAUUUAAGUUAUGGAGUGGUAUCAGAUUGUGAAUUGGAUAAGUUCCGAGCCUUGUGCAUUUGUGGGACCCUUUCACGAAUGCAUGACCUGGAAAAUUUCUGGUAGGUUGGCUUCUUUAAUUCUUGAAAACUAGUUGAUUGAUGGUUGCCUAUGUUGUCCAAAUUUUUGCUAGAAAAUGGGAGGAAUUCCGGUAGCUUUAGGACCAUGAUUUAGCUUAAAUUCAAGUGGGAUUUAUGUGAUUGAGUGUUAAUUGAUUGCUGUGAUAUUUUGUGUGAAAAUCCCGUGAAUUAGCUAGUGUUUUGGCCAAUUUUUGGAAGUUGGAGUUACUGUUCACGUCGGGGGUACUGUUCACGGGGUACUGUGCACGGCACUGUUCACAAAACACUGUUCACACACCGAGGGUUAAUGAUUAACGGGGAUUUAAAGGUUUAGUUUGUGAUAUAAGAAUGAAUUUGGAGAUGUCCGGUUAUGUGGAGAUUGAUAGAAAUAGUAUCGUGAUUAGGGGUAGUGCUAAUGAUGAUUUCACUGUGAAAUUGUGGUAAUACGGUAUUAAUUCUUGGAUAUUGUGAUUAGGUUUUAAUCGUUCUGUCACCUUAGCAUUUGGGUUAGCCUUCUGUUCUGUGCGAGUGAGGUAAGUAAAUUAUGGUAAAGCCCUUCGAUUUCAAAGCAUGUUUUCAAUUGUUUUUGAGAUGGUGGCAAGGUUUAAAUUGAUUUUAAAUUGAUUUUAUCAGCAUUUGAAUGUGAUUAAACUGUCUAUUUGGCAUGCUUAAAAGUUUUACUCAAGGGCUAUCCAUAUUUACUUACUGAGUUAUCUCAUAGUUUUCCUUGUCCACCAUUUCAGGAAGUGAUACCGAGGACGGGGAAACCGAGGGGAGUGUCGAGUUAGAAGGCUAGUCACCUGGAAUUUGAUAUAGAUUUUAGAUACAAAUUAUGAUCCUGUAAGCUAGAGUGUAUUUGGAGAUUUUAUGAUAUCAAAGCAGAUUGUAAAAAUUUGAUCUUUCGAUUUGGUGGUAUCCGAUUAUGAAUUGGAUAAGUUCCGAGCCUUGUGCAUUCGUGGGACCCGUCUCAUGAGUGCACGACGUCUGUCGCGUCUCCGGAUUUGGGUU